CCGGAAACCAUAUGCCCCCGGGAGGUCAGAAGUGCGUAGUCAGGGCCGCCGGGAACUGUAGUUCUCUGUGAGGCGGAAGUGGGGCAGGCGGUCGGCGGCAUGGCGGGGCUGGAGCUCCUGUCGGACCAAGGCUACCGGGUGGAUGGGCGGCGCGCCGGGGAGCUGCGCAAGAUCCAGGCGCGGAUGGGCGUGUUCGCGCAGGCCGAUGGCUCGGCCUACAUCGAGCAGGGCAACACCAAAGCGCUAGCCGUGGUCUACGGGCCCCACGAGAUCCGGGGCUCCCGGGCACGAGCCCUGCCAGACAGGGCCCUGGUGAACUGUCAGUACAGUUCCGCAACCUUCAGCACAGGUGAGCGCAAGCGGCGGCCACACGGGGACCGGAAGUCCUUCGAGAUGGGCCUGCAGCUGCGUCAGACCUUUGAGGCGGCCAUCCUUACACAGCUGCACCCACGCUCCCAGAUUGAUAUCUAUGUGCAGGUGCUGCAGGCAGAUGGUGGGACCUAUGCGGCUUGUGUGAAUGCAGCCAUGCUGGCAGUGCUGGACGCUGGGAUACCCAUGCAGGACUUUGUGUGUGCCUGCUCAGCUGGCUUUGUGGACGGCACAGCCCUGGCAGACCUCAGCCACGUGGAGGAAGCAGCUGGUGGCCCCCAGCUGGCCCUGGCCCUGCUGCCGGCCUCAGGCCAGAUUGCACUGCUUGAGAUGGACGCCAGGCUGCAUGAAGACCACCUGGAGCAGGUGUUAGAGGCCGCUGCCCGGGCCGCCCGCGAUGUGCACACCCUGUUGGACCGUGUGGUCCGGCAGCAUGUGCGCGAGGCCUCUAUCUUGCUGGAGGACUGAGCAUCCAGCCACCUAUGCCCAGAAUAAAAUCCACACAGUCCACUGUA